AUGUCACCCCCAGCCCCAGCAUCAGGACCCUGCCCUGCCCCACAUCUCCCCACAGCUACUUCUUCCUGCUGCUGCCCCCCCCCCUCCCGCCCCACGGAGCCGCCCCCUCCCCCCGCUGUGGGGCUGACGUGGGGGGAGCGGUGGGGCGUGGCCAAGGGCGCGCUCCCAGCCGCCGUCCCAUUGGCUGUCGUCUACUUCGCCGAGUACUUCAUUAACCAGGGGGUGCUGGACCUCCUGUACUUCCCCAAGUCCUCCCUGACCCACAACGAGCAGUACCGCUGGGCGCAGCUCCUGUACCAGGCCGGGGUGUUCGUUUCCCGCUCGGGGUUUCGCUACCUCCGGCUGCGGCGAAUCUGGGUCCUGAUGGUGCUGCAGGUGCUGAACGCCGCGCUCCUAUUGGCCGCCGUGCUGGUGCCCUUCCUGCCCGCGGUGGGCGUGGCCUUCGCGCUCGUGCUGUGGGAGGGGCUUGUGGGGGGCGCGGCCUAUGGGAGCGCCUUCCUCUGCGUGGGCCGGCAGGCGCCCCCUGGCGGCCGGGCGCUGGCGGUGGCGCUCACGUCCCUGGGGCAGUCUCUGGGCGUGGCUCUGGCCGGGGCCGCGGCCGUGGGGCUGCACGAGGCGCUCUGCGCCCCAUAGCGCGCCCCACAGCGCCCCACAGCGCCCCACAGCGGGACCCACAGCGACCCACAGCGCCCCACAGCGCCCCAUAGAGACACAUAGGGACACAUAGGGACCCAUAGCGGGACCCACAGCGACCCAUAGAGACACAUAGAGACACAUAGGGACCCAUAG